GGUCCGUCCAGUGAAAUGAAGGAAGAAAUGAAAGACUUGAAGGCCAGGGUGGAAGCGCUGGAGCAGAAGCUCCAGUCGCUGCUGGCCCCCUUCCAUAACCUCAUGCCGUCGGCGCCGGACGACGUGGGCACCGACCCCAUCAGCCGGCUCUCCCACUCCCUGCAGCAGCUGGACAGGAUCGAUUCCCUGAGCGAGCAGAUCUCCUUCCUCGAGGAGCGCCUGGAGACCUGUUCCUGCAGGAACGAGCUCUAGCUGCACGUCCGAGG